AUGGAUCAAGUCGACCUGCUAAACGCUUUCAAAUCUGGACCUGAUUUUAAUGCGGUGAUGAAUAGCCUACUACAAGCUUUAAGCAACGCGAACUCAGCGUCGGCCGCUAUUCUCGCGCUUGAAGGUCUUUUCCGCAUUGACGGAAAUGUCGUAAGCGGUCAGUUCUCCAACGCCGGAGUGGAUGUACGUGAAGGUAUACGCGAUGUUCUGCGUAAAUGGCGAUGCGACUCACCCCUAGAUCAGGCAUAUCAGACAGGGCCAAACACUGUCAAUAAUGCAAUCCCAUUUCUUAGAAGUCUGACCAUCUUCAAAACCCUCGAAGUUCCCUUGUUUAUCGAUGAUUUCGGAAGAAAGAGACUAAUGAGCCAUUACAGAGAACUUGAAAAGAAUUGCAGAGAUCUUGCAAAUAAUUACGAAGAUCUUGCAGAGAAAUGCAAUUCUAGGUAUAACCAAGCAACGUUCAGCUCGUUAGGAGGUAAAAAAGUGCCUGUGAAGAAGACGACAAACUCAGAUUUCUCUGGUUUAGUAAUUGGAAUCGGAAGCAGACCGUUCUGGGUUGACGCAAAAAAAAUUAAUAUUGAGGCCAUCGAUAUUAACUUGGACACACCAAUCGUACACGUAACCCACACCAUACAAAAAGAUUUGAUAGUUGCAGGCCAAAAACUCGAUCCAAGUGAUAACAAAAAUAGUGUCAAAGGAAUAUGGUUUUCUCGAGAAGGCAAGAAGAACAGUGUGUAUGGAAAGUGGGCUUUCCAGACGACACUGAGGAAGCUCGGUGUUUCUGGGAUACGUCAAGGUGAAAUUGUCUCUUACCAGAAAGAGGUUAAUUUCAUCCUGUAUGGCAGUGAUACAGUUCCGCAAGAUCCCGUCAUGAAGAAGGCAACGGAUGGCGCUGUGCAGUUGUCUCAAUACAACAUUGAUGCAUAUACUGCUGUGUCUAUAUUCGUGCCGUCGAGAUUCCUGCCACAAGGUGCAGCGUUUUCGCAAGCAUUUGAACAACCCUAUGAAGUUUCGCACAACAGAGGUUUUUGUGUUAAAGCAAGGCGCAGCGGAACAACGUGCAACGAGCUAGAUUAAAAAAACAAUACAAUAUAAUACACCUAUAACCUUUUAGAUAGGCCUAUAUUAAAUACAAUAUUGCUUUAAGAGAAUGUUAUAAUCGUCUUUGUUGUAAUUUUACGAUUGUUGUAUUCACGAGAAUGUCACAAAACAAAUGUAAGGUAUUAAAGAUACAUUAUGACCUAU